ACUUUUGAACUGUAGUGUGGUUAGGCUGGGAUUUAGGGGUAAGUUUAAGUUAUAUUUGUUAGACUUGGAUAGUUGGAUCAUUGUGGAUUGAACUUUGAAAAUCAAUUUUAAAAAAUGGCCCAGAAGCGUACAAGAUGUGUCCAUUUGGAUCAGUUAAAGUCAUUCAACCUGUUUACUGCAUUUGGUGAGGAUGGCAAGAUGAAGGCUCUCCGACCAAAUCUACAGGAUUUAGAGACCGAUGAGGACGAGGAUGAAAACAUUGAAGAUAUCAAAGCAAAGCUCUCUGGACGAAAUAAAGGAAAAGCAAAGGUAAAGACCGCUCAAAAGAGGAAGCAGAAUAAGUAUGAGGACAGUGAUGAUGAUGAUGAGGAUGACAAGGUCAUUGACGUCACGACAAGCCCAACAAGGAAUUCCAAUGGUAACGGAGUGAAUGAUGACUCACCAUCUCCUCCUCCGCCUCCAGAGUUUGAUGAUAAGAUGGUGGCUGAGAUUAGGAGAAACAACAAGCAAGCUGCAAAGACAUUGCAUAAUCUUGAUAACAAGUUGAGGUCUUACAAGAUGUCCAAAGCAUUAGCAGCAAUGGAUAACGUAUCUCCAGUCAUAGCAAGCCCUUCCGAGUUGAUUGAUCUUGACGCACCGAUAACCAGAGAAACCAUUACUGUCAAAGUGAGAAGUCGGAAAGGAUUGAUUCGCUAUGAAAAUUAUCCAAUGAAUCAAACAUUUGAGAAAAUAUUCACGGAGCUUGGCAUGUCUGAGGGUGUUGAAAGGAGAAGAGUAAGGAUAACCCGGAAAGGUGAGGAUAUCUUGCAGGAGGACACGCCCAAUUCUGUCAGUCUACACGUAGCAGAUAUUUUAGAUUAUGUGAUAGUUGAUGGAGUGACACCAGCGUUACCAUGGUUUUCAUCCACACUCACCGAGGAGGAUUAUGUCAGGGUCACACUAAGAACAAGGGAGAAAAACUGCAAAACCAUCACCAAAAAAUUAGCCAAGAUUGAAACCUUUGAGGAGGUGUUCCAGGCCUUUGCAGAAGUUCAUGAAAAGCCUGUUCAUCAACUCCAGUUUUCCUUUGAUGGUGACGACGUCUCCCCAACCGCUACACCUCAGGACUUAGACAUGUCCGAAGAAAACGUCAUUGAUGUUGUUGUUUUAUAGAAGAAGAACAGAACUGAAAAAAAAACUUUGAAAUGGAAUGAAACCUCAUCGGGUCGAAAUGAUCGCAGUGCAAGAGCUGUGUGUGCUUUCUGUUCUGAAGGUAUCUUGGAGACUCUUUGGAACCGUUGAUAUUACAUCUAGUUCUUCCUGUUGUGAUGGUGCUCUUAUACAACUCCAUCUGUUGAUGAUUAUGAUGCUUAUGUAGUAAUUCAUGUACUUGAAGAUCCUCUUGUUGUAAGAAACAGGAUUUUGUAGUCUUCAAGGAAAUGAGUACUUGCUUCACAAAGCUGUUUGUAAAUUAUACAGAGGGUUGUGUUGAACCAGCUUUAGUUCUUUAAAGUUGGGCCUAUAUGAUUGCUAAAUGUAAUUCAUGUCUGGGAAUUCAAUACCAUGGAGUUGUAUUUUUUUAAUGACAGUAAUGAAAUCUCUUUGAUGAAUGGAAUGUACCCCAUACCAAUUUGCUUUGUAUAGGAAGAAACUCUGUUGAGGGUAAUUAAUGUUACCAUAUAUCAUUGGAUAGGAGUUGAAGGGUUUAAUUGUCUGAAAGGGAAUUCAAGAGAUUUCUCUACUUAAUAGUGCCUUAUCUAAUUCUGGAAAUAUUGAUGUCUUUGGGAAAGGGAAGAGAAAUUCACUCUACUCUUUGAGUAACAAAAAUAUGUCAAUUGUUUUACUUGGUAAUUUAUGUGUGUUCUAAUCAAUGGGUGUCAUUAAAAUGUGUCUUUUGACUGGAGAUGGUACAUGCCAUUUGCAUCUUGGGUAAACCUUUUGUUCGUAUAUUUUAGCUAUAGAUAUUAAUAGUAAACCUACCUCAUUUUUUAUGACAAAAAAAAUUAUUAGUCAAAUCUAUUAGGACUAAUUAAAUGGCUUUGACUAAGUAACAGUUCAACGAACAUUAAUUAUUUCUUUAUGAUUAGUAUGCAAUGUUCUACUUAAGGUUAAACCUAUGCAACUUUCAGGAGUUUGAUUUUUGUCUCGACUGCAAAGCAGAGCAAGACUAGGCUAUAGGCUUUUCCGACUGCUGCGUCGUCAACAUCAAAUCGUAAUCAAAGAUGACGUUUUUGUCUCGCCUGCAUAGCAGAGCGAGACUAUAGGCGCCGCUUUUCCGACGGCGGCGGCGGCGUCAACAUCAAAUCUUAACCUAAGGUUGAGUUUUUGAAAUGACAUCAUAACUUAGAAAGUAUAUAGACCUAGUUCAUGAAACUUGGACAUAAGGUUAAUCAAGUAUUACUGAACAUCCUGCCUGAGUUUCAGGUCACAUGACCAAGGUCAAAGGUCAUUUAGGGUCAAUGAACUUGGACCAUGUUGGGAAAAUUAUUUUCAAAAUCUUAACCGAAGGUUAAGUUUUUGAAAUGACAUCAUAACUUAGAAAGUAUAUGGACCUAGUUCAUGAAACUUGGGCAUAAGGUUAAUCAAGUAUUAGUGAACAUCCUGCUCGAGUUUCAGGUCACGUGACCAAGGUCAAAGGUCAUUUAGGGUCAAUGAACUUUGGUCAAGUUGGGGGUAUUUGUUGAAUUACUAUCAUAACUUUGAAAAUUUAUGGAUCUAGUCCAUGAAACUUGGACAUAAGGUUAAUCAAGUAUUAGUGAACAUCCUGCCUGAGUUUCAGGUCACAUGACCAAGGUCAAAGGUCAUUUAGGGUCAAUGAACUUUGGCCAAGUUGGGGGUAUUUGUUGAAUUACCAUCAUAACUUUGAAAAUUAAUGGAUUUAGUUCAUGAAACUUGGACAUUAGGUUAAUCAAGUACCAUUGAAUAUCCUGUGCGAGUUUCAGGGUUACAUGACCAUGGUCAAUGGUCAUUUAAGGUCAAUGAACUUUGGCCGUGUUGGGGGUAUAUGUUAAAUUACCAUCCUAACUGUGAAAGUUUAUGGAUCUAGUUCAUAAAACUUGGACUUAAGAGUAAUCAAGUAUCACUGAACAUCCUGUACGAGUUUCAGGUCACAUGACCAUGGUCAAAGGUCAUUAAAGGUCAAUGAACUUUGGCCGUGUUGGGGGUAUUUGUUGAAUUACCAUCCUAACUCUGAAAGUUUAUGGAUCUAGUUCAUAAAACUUGGGAUAUAAGAGUAAUCAAGCAUCACUGAACAUCCCUUGUGAGUUUCAGGUCACAAAACCAAGUCAAAGGUCAGUUAAGGUCAAUAAACUUAGGCCAUGUUGGGGUAAUUGUUGAAGUGCCAUCAUAACUUUGAAAGUUUAUGGAUAGAGUGAAUGAAAUGUGGACAUGGGUGUAGUUGACAGUCUUAAGUCUCCGUUCAAAUGUCAUUUAUGGUCAAUGAACGUGGUAUUAUGUCAUUAUAUGAAUGAUGUUUUUGCGAAUGAUUAUUUUAUAGUAGUUUUCAAAGUUAGCACUGCUGCUAUAUUAAAUUGUGUAAUGCAGGCGAGACUGCCAGAGGCGUUUCACUUGUUUAAAUGUCAGAGUUGCCAGAGUUUGAGGGCACUAAGGUCAAAGGUCAUUUAGGGUCAAUGAACUUAGACCAUCGUCAACAUAAAAUCUUAACCGAAGGUUAAGUUUUUGAAAUGUCAUCAUAACUUAGAAUAUAUAUGGAUCUAGUUCAUAAAACUUGGACAUAAGGGUGAUCAAGUAUUACUGAACAUCCUGUCUGAGUUUCAGAUUCCAUGAUUAAGGUCAAAGGUCAUUUAGGGUCAAUGAAAUUGGCCAUGUUGGGGGUAUUUGUUGGUUUCCAUCAUAACUUUGAAAGUUUAUGGAUUUGGUUCAUGAAACUUGGACAUAAGAGUAAUCAAGUGUCACUGAACAUCAUUCGUGAGUUUCAGGUCACAUGACCAAGGUUAAAGGCACUCCACUUGUUUCUUAUAAGUGUGUAGAAUCUUCUACAUGCUGACAUUGUAGGGCAGAAUGGGCAGAAGAGUAUCUGUUAUCUGAUCAGGCAAGAACAGUGCAUACAUUUUUACUGGUGUGCAUAUAAAGCUAAUUACUAUUACCCUGUAGUGCAACUAAGUACAUAACUAGGACAAAAUAUGUUAAUGAUUUGUAAAGGAUAGUGACAUUAACAAUGCCAAAUUUACCUUAGAUUCACUCAAUCCUGUGCAUCAUUUGUAUUAUGAACUCAUAACAUAGUAUGACAAUAAAUCUGAUAUACUUCUCCUUCUCAUAGACUACAGAGUGUGAAUAAAGUAUACCCUAGAAUGGCCUAAUAAAUGACAGAACUUAUUACUUGGUCAUAGAUAUUAUGACAAUGUAUGAUUGCUAGCCCUUAUUUUUCACAGCUCUUUGUUUAUUAAUGUGAGCAUCAUUAAGAAAUACUAACAGUAGUUAUGAUACAUAUUGCAUUCAGUAAUCGAUUAUAAAAUGAAGUUUGCACAACAAUAAUGAACUGUUCUUGAAGAGACUCGAAGCAAUUGUAUAAGUUCAAUUUUCCAUUCCAUUAGAGAGAUAUCAAAAGCUAGGGCAAGGUAACUAUUUGUGCAACAGUGCUAGGUGUAUAGGAAUAUAGGUUUUGUAUAAACACAUGUAUGGUAUGUAUACUAAUGUAAAAUGUAAAUAUAGUUUAUAACCUUGUUUAGUUUUGAUAACACAAUAAUGAGGACAUAUUUUUAGAUCAAAUACAAAUUUUGAAGGCUUAUUUCACAAAAGGAAAAUAGAUUAACAAACUUUAACUUAAAAUCCAGUAUCAUUCUCCAAUGUUAACCAACUGGCAAUGGGAAUGCUGUAGUUCUAGGGACUGCCAGCAAUUCUUAAUUUUGACUCAAGUUUGUGGUAUACGAUAAAUAACCAGAUUGCAAGUACUCUGUAGUCAUAUAUAAGGUGACUACAUGGGGAAAAUAAUAUGGUUGCUUCAAUACCUCAUUUUAUGUGAACAAACCUCAAUUGGUGCUCCCAAAGUAGUCUGUUUAAUGAUUGGUGAACACCAAAAAACAAAUUUAACUUGAUUUCCUCAGAAGCAUUCAUUUUGAACUUGCAUAUGAUUUUGUAAGUGACUUACUCCUGUAUUGUAAUACUGAGAAUUGUUCUUGUUAGGUCUCGUUUUGGUCUAAUUUGAUCUCCCACAUCUGUAUUAUGAUAGCUUAGUGAAAUUUAUAUUUAAUCUGUAAAAGGGAAACUUAACCUUUUGUGUGUUUAUUAAGAUGGUGCUUAUACAGGUGGUUGCUAGAACUGUUUGAGGAUGUAGCAGGUAUGAUUCUAGAUGGUAAAGAUGGUCAAAUUUGUCAAAUCAUUAACAGACCACAAUGUUCUCUCGCCUUCCUCAAGCAUGAGAGCACCUGAAGAAACAAAGUAUUCAUUUGCUGUUAAUGUUUAGGUUCCCUUACAAAAAUGAGAACACAGAAAAGGCACAUGAGUACAUAGAAAUCUAUCAAAGAAGAUCAAAUAGGAUUUAUUUAUGAAAAGUAUUUCAUCAGGAAUGAGUCAUUGAAUACAAAAUAUAUUUGUACUUGUUAUUCUCUGUUAUUUUGCUCCUUACUGGUGAUCUCGAAUGAUUGUAGAAACAGUGAUCAUUUUUAUUUAUUUUAUACAUAAUUUGAAACUUUUCUACUACAGAGAUAUUUGUAUUAUUUUCAUAUAAGUGUACAUUCAUUGACAGAAAUUUAUGCAUGCUUGAAUUGUAGAUCAAUGUAUAUACCAUAAUUAUUUGUUAUUAAAGUGAUUGAUUACUACA